AUGUUUCUAACAUGUUUCAUGUCCUUUAAGCCGUCUUUUUCUGAUGAACUAGCUGUUGGGCUGUUUUCUUCUAUGGUUGAUGAUCUGCAGCGGCUACUGAAGUCUCUAGAAGAGAACCCUCUUUCUCUUCGAUGGUGUAGCGAGGCCAUGUCUGUCAUCAAGAAGACUCAUUCUCAUUUCCUGUUUGAUUUCGAGAGAUCUAAAGUUCCCGCUUCAUGGGAGGCCAUACAUGUGCUUGAUGAAUAUAUGAGUGUAACUUUGGAUCUCUUGGAUUUCUGCAACUUGCUUAAGUCAGCCAUUUCGGGUUUAGAUAGGUAUCGACAGUUGAUUAACUUCAUGAUUAAGAGAUUGAAGGAUGCCACCUUUUCAAUGUCGACAAGUAAGAUCGAACUUGAGAGGCUUGAAAGAGAGAACUAUCACAAGUUUUUCGACGUGAAGAAUUUAAGAGAAAUGAACCUUAACAAAGAAGUAACUAAAGUGAAGUUCAAGACAAGGACCAACAUGCAAGUUUUGCAAUCUAUUGGGAGCACAAUGUCUAUUAUUUCAUUGUUCAUCUUUUGCUCAAUUCUUCAUCCAAUUCACGUCAAAAUCGACGAGGGAAUCUAUACUGAUUUGUGCAAUUCGGAUUCAUCCUCGGAUUGUGUCCAAAAACUCAUCAAUUGUCUCAAUGAGAAAUUUAAAAACGCGCAUGAUUUGAGGAGGCCAGUUUUACAUGAGAAUGAGGUGAUUGAGGAUGCGUUUGCCGAAUUCAAAGGGCAGAUUAUUUCAACUAGGGAAGUAAGUGUUGAUGAAGGGAAAUUAGCAAAAAGUUUAGAGAUUUUAAAGAACAAGUCUCUAGUUCUCAAGGAAGGGCUAGACUUGCUUGAGAGUGAAGUUAAUGAGUUGUUUGAGAAUGUUAUUGAGGGAAGAAAAAGAAUUAUCAGCUUAAUUACCAAUUAA